AUUACUUCCUAUCUGGCAGCACAGUGAACUCGAGCGCAUAUUUCAAAUGUUGGUUAAUAAUACUGAAUGUGGGAACGGAAACAACCGGAAACAUCGGUGGCCUAAUAAGCAAUGUAUGGAACUGCUAUGCGUGCACAGAAUGUAAAAGUACUUGAACCUUUUCGCCUCAGUGGAUUAGUGGUGCAGUACCACUCACGGCCAACUGCUGUUUUGCACAAAGUUUUUACUUAAUAAGGAGACGCAAACAUCAACGCUUGAAAAAAGACCUGCGCAGCAACAAGAAUUCCAAAUUGCGUGUAAAUAACUUUAGCAGUAUCGCUGGUUUGUUGGCACAAAUGCUCAGGAAAGUAAAAUAUAUUUUAAUCUAAAGUAUGUUACGGAGUAUCACUAAUAAACAAUUGUUUGGUUAAUAUAUUAUACUGACAGACCAGUAGAAAUUAAGUAAUAGAAACUAACGAAGUAUAAAAACUCACUAUGGCAAUUUUUCCAUUGGCGGCUGUUUUAGCUUUUGUAGUCGUCGUUGAGAUUCAAGGCCAGGGUUCUCGUCACGUGAUUCUAUCAUGCGGAAAUGACGACAUAGCACAGAAAGGAGAACCAGGGUUUCCUGGUAAGCGGGGACCGUCGGGUGAACAAGGGUUGCAAGGUCCUAAGGGUGAACGAGGAUCGCCUGGAAUGGUUGGUGAACAAGGGUUGCAAGGAGUAGUUGGUGAAAGGGGGUUGCAAGGUCCUGUGGGACCAAAAGGUGAUGUAGGUCAAUGUGAUCCGACUUGUAGAACGAAAUACAAUGAACUGAGUGAGAGGAUGCAAAGGUUGGAAAGAUAUGUUGAAGAACUACAAACUUCGCCCACAACGGUCUCAACUUCGCCUACAACAACUCAACUUCAACCCAGCUUCGCUAAUUGCCAGCAGGCAUUGAAUUUGGGUCUUAAUAAAAAUGGGGUCCAUUCCAUAGUCAACCCGAGGAACGGUCAACCCAUGGAGGUUUACUGCGAUCAAACAACAGAUAACGGAGGUUGGUUGGUUUUCCAACGAAGAACUGACGGGUCUGAAAAUUUCUACCGAACUUGGGCAGAAUAUCAAGAGAAAUUCGGAAAUCUAAGCAACGAAUUUUGGCUUGGAUUAGAAAACCUGCACGCUUUAACGUCGAGUGGAGGUUACGAAUUGAGGGUGGAAUUAGAAGAUUGUGAGAAUGAUAGAAGAUACGCCAAAUACAAUUCAUUCGCAAUUGGGUCGGGUGAGCAACAAUAUAGGUUGACGGCAUCUGGAUAUUCGGGAAACGCAGGGGAUUCUUUAAGUUAUCACAAUGGUCGAGGGUUCACAACAUGGGAUGUUGACCAUGAUGAAAAUAGGGGUAACUGUGCCGUGGAUUAUCAUGGUGCUUGGUGGUAUCGUGGUUGUUAUCAUUCCAACUUAAACGGGGAAUAUCUAAACUGUCAAACCGACAGCUACAGAGCUGCAAGUUGGCUUCGCUUCCGCGGAGAUCGAUAUUUCCCUUAAAUUUAUAGAGAUGAAGUUCAGACCCAUUUGAGCGUCAUUUACCAUGCGAUAACUUUAACUUCAUGUAUGUAUGCAACUAAUAUUACCGCAGGUUAUCGCAUAUGGCUUAAAAAUAAAUCAAUCACUGUCAA